ACUGUUAACACACGUCUUCUGGAUUUGGUCCAGGAGAUGCUGCACAUUGAACUAUUGAUUAUAUACUGAUAUAACAUGCAAAUCUCGCACCUCUAAGAUUAUGGUGGAGAUAAGUUAUAUUAUAUUUACUGAUAGCUACAACCUGUUGAUGUUACGACAUAAGAGAUAUUUUUUUUAUUAAUAAUAUCACAACCGCGAAAACAUUAAUUGUAUAGUAAGCGUGGCCGGAAUUAUUUUUAUUGAAAAUCGUGCGCCAUCUGUAUUAAACGGUCGUGUCGUACCUCAUUAUAUUUCGAGAUUUUGUACCGGUCGGGUCUACCAUUCGGUAUUGGUGUUUCGGUCCAGGCUCAUUUUGAAAAGUCCAAUGGAAGGAAACGCAACCCCGCCCGUCACGUCGGAGCACAGUCCCGAGGAAGUCAAGCCUAAGGUGGAGGACCAGGAGGUACCCGAAACCUGCGACGGCAACAUCACCAACGUCACCAGUGUGGCCAACGUAGUGAACGUGCCUGUGAUCACCAGACACCUCACGUCCGAGGGCACGAUAGAAGACAUGCCCCCCAACAUAAACGUGAUCGUCGAAGAGGUCGUCACCGAAAACAUCUACGAGGAGGAACCGGUCGACGCCAUACCCAAAUCGGAAACGGACCAGGCGGUGAACAGCGUCAAAUACGAGACGGAACAGUUCGAGGGUGGCACCUACAAUCUGGCCGUGUCGAACGAACACGUUCUGGAGAACGGCAGCAGAACGGACCUAAUCAAUUUGGACGCGGUGCCCAGUUCGCAGUACUCGCAGAACUACACCGGCAACACGUACAUACAGCAGGUGCAGAACCAGAACUACACGUACGAGCUGGAGACGGCCGCCUCGUCGCCGGAGCAGUUCCUGUUCAACAGGGACCCGAAUUUGGGUUCCCGUUACGCAAACUCGCUGCCGAUCGUCGCCCAGAACCCGAGCAACCAGAUCACGUUGCACGGGGCGAACGAGAGCGUCUACGUGUGGGGCGAUCAGAUGUACCAGGCGCCGCAGAAUUACCAACUGACGCAGGCGGACAGCACGCAGCAUUACGUGAGCCCCCAGCAAACUGAGUACAUCAACGGGGUGCAGGAACCAGGACCGUCGCGUCAGAACCUGCCGCCGGUGCCCGAGGUAUAUAAAGAAUGCGUAAAUUGUGGCUCUUCUGUAACACCGCUAUGGCGUAGAGACGGUACGGGUCAUUACUUGUGCAAUGCCUGUGGGCUUUAUAACAAAAUUAACGGGGUGAACAGACCGCCCGUGCGAGCCACGAAAAAACCGCAGGUGGAAUCGAUACAGCAGGGCAACGCCAGAAGAAGCGGCGUCCAGUGCGCCAACUGCAAGACCACCUCCACCACCCUGUGGAGGAGGAACAACCAGGGUGAGCCGGUGUGCAACGCCUGCGGACUGUACUUCAAGCUCCACAACGUGAACAGACCGCUGAGCAUGGUUAAGGAAGGAAUCCAGACGAGGAAAAGAAGGCCCAAAAACUCCUCGGGCCAAGGUUCGACGUCCAGAACUUCCACACCACAACCCUACCACGUGCCAUACACUCCACCAAUAAGGGAGGUCAACGAUGGUUAUCAACUUCCCCAACACAUUCUGCCAGCAAGUUACACAUACGAUCCACGUAUGAGACAACAGCCCAUUCACAACAAUUUUAUUUUAACUCAUAAUGGAGAACUGACUCCAGAAGAUGAUAGUACCAUCUCAUCUACGUCUCACCAAAGAUACCAAGAUCCAGAUCCUAGUAAUAAUACUGAAUAAUUAUCGUUAAAAACAUAUAUUUUGCCUCUUUUAUUAGUCAUUUAAAUUAUUUAAAUUUUAUUUACCUGUUAGAAAUUAAGGAAACAUUUUAAAUUAAUUAAUUAUAUUUAAAGGGAGCAUUUUAAUUAAAAAAAAAAACUUUAUUGGCGCUCUCUAAUUUUGACAAUUUUGCAGUAAUCAGUGAGUUUUGGAAUGUUUUUAGUCGUUUGAACAAAUUCAAAAAAAAAUACUCUUGUGUUUUUAUAGUUUUUGAUCCACAAGUCAUUAAUUACUGUUGGGUCUCUGUUAGUUAAACUCGAAAAUAUGAACGGAAGAGUUUGAGGAUUUGAUGAAAAUUAAUUAAAUGGGACUACUUGUAUAUUGAAUCAAUCUCAUUAUUCAAGAACAGAAAUAGGCAUAAUGUAUGAGCUUAAUAUUGAUCUCAAUACUUGCCAUUAUUUAUUAUUAUAAUCAUACUUAGUUUAUAGUUAAUACUUAAACAAUUCUAACACGAAUAUAUCAAGAAUUUCUAUUAAAACAAACUGUGAUAUGCAUAAAUGUGAUAUGCAUAAAUGUAAAUAUAUAUAUGUAAGUAGCAUCACUAUAAAUAUAUUUGUGUUGAAUUGUUUAGGGAUUUUUCAAUUUCAAGUGUAGUCAGUAAGGAUAUGCACAUAUGUAAAUUAUUUAACGACACAAUUUUUAUUCAUAUUAAUUAUUGUUUUAAUAAAAUUUAUUCAUAUUA